AAGAGCUUUCGGAAAGAGAGGUAACUUGUAUAUUCUAUCUAUAGACCGGUAAACGUGCCUAUUUGUUAAGCCUCAUCAUCGUUGUAAAUGGACAUCCCAUUAUCUGAAUACCUGAACACAGCACUGCAGGUGGCUGUAAAAGCAGGAGAGGUUGUUAAGGAUGCAUUUUAUAAAGAGAAAGACCAGAAAACUAAGGAGUCCUACGCUGAUAUCGUCACAGAAACUGACCAGGCUGUUGAGAAGUUAAUCAUAUCCUUACUGCAAGAAAAGUACCCAACUCAUCGGUUUAUUGGUGAGGAAUCAACAGCAGAAGGGAAGAAAGUUGAAUGGACAGACGCCCCUACAUGGAUUAUUGAUCCAAUCGAUGGAACAGCCAACUUUGUCCACAGCAUUCCUCAGACGUGUGUCUGUAUCGGCCUCUCCAUUAACAAACAGAUUGUUGUUGGUGUUGUUCAUCUACCCAUUACAGGACAGACUUACUCAGCCAGCAAAGGGAGCGGUGCUUAUUGUAAUGACCAAAAAAUAACAGUGUCCAAGGUAAAAGAGUUGAAGAAAUCAGUGGUUAUCACAGAAGCUGGGAACUCAAGAGAUCCGCAAAUAUUGGCCACCAAAAUGUCCAAUGUUCAUCGAGUGGUGGAGGCAUCCCAUGGGGUCAGGAUGAUUGGGUCAGCGGCAGUGAAUCUCUGCAUGGUGGCGUCUGGAAGCGGGGAAGCCUACUAUGAGUAUGGGAUUCACAUCUGGGACUUUGCUGCAGCAGGGAUUAUAUUCACAGAAGCUGGGGGACUGCUUCUGGACCCAGCAGGGGGAGAAGUAGAUUUCUUAAGCAGACGAGUCAUGGGUGCCUGCAAUCAAGAGAUUGCUGACCAGUUAUCUCCUCUUCUUAACCACAUUGAAUUUGAGCGAGAUUGAAAUACACAAAACCUCAAUUAUAGAUCUCUACAUGUUGAACAUGUCUAUGUAUUUAUUUCAGGUGGUCAUUACUAUAGGAUUUUUUCAGGCCAUGUUUUUAUUGUGUCAUUUAUAUAUUUAUGUAUCACAGAUUGUAAUAAAAUUCAAUCUAUGAUUCAAUUUCAA